AAUUGCACCGUCGUCGUCUGGAUCUUAUUUUCCGGUGCAUGGACGCUCCGUGGAUCCAUCUCUAACUGCACGUUUUCUUUACAGAUUCACAACUAAUGGCUUCGUGGUUCAAAGUCGCCGAAGAUUUAUUUGAAGUUGUAGAUCAAAGAGCAAAGCUGGUUGCUAGUGAACUGUCAGAAGAGCAAUCUGAUUCUCAGCCACAAGGUUCUUCAGCAGAACAGACAGAGACAAGGAAAAAGGCUCAAAAAGGACUUUCUACAGAUAAAUCUCCCAAAACUACUGAUGCCGUUCGUGAAGAAACAAGUUCAGAAAUAGUAGAAUUAGAUGUUACACCUUUUAAAGAUAAGGGUACUAUUUCCUCUAACAAUGAGGAAAAGCCUAGUACUAAAUCUAAAGUCCAAAUAAGUAGUGAGCUUUAUAGCAACAGUGAUAAAGAUAACCCUAGAUUUCCUUCACCUGAUCCAUGGGAUACCGAUGUAGUUAAACAUGAAGCAGAUCAGGAAGAAGUCUCUGCAACUGUUUGCAGCUCUGAAGCUUCUUGUUCAACUUCAAAUGGCAAGCUUCUCAUUGAGAAUUCUUCGAACAUUCUUGUGGAUCACCCUUCUUCCCUUCUAUCUGCCAAAGAUACUGAGGUUGAUAGUGAAGAUCAUUUAGGUGAUUGUGGUCAAAAUAUUGGAUCCCAAUAUGCAGAUGUUACUUCAAAGACUGAUCAAGAGAGAUCACAACCUUUAGUUGCUGAUUCUCCUGUUAACAUUGAAGCUCAACUAAAAGAAGAUGAUAUUAAAGUUGCAACUCCUGCAAAUCAAAAGAAGCCACGAGAACAAAAUGCCGAUACUCAUCCAAUGGUAGUUCAGGACCAACUUGCGGAGGCUCAAGGACUGCUUAAAACAACCAAUUCAACAGGUCAAUCAAAAGAGGCAAGACUGGCUCGAGUUUGUGCUGGACUUUCAUCCCGUCUUCAAGAAUACAAAUCCGAGAAUGCACAGCUUGAGGAGCUUCUAACCGCUGAGAGAGGGCUGAGUAAAUCUUAUGAGGAUAGCAUAAAACAACUACAAAAAGAUUUAUCUUUAGCUAAGAGUGAAGUAACAAAGGUUGAGGAAAAUAUGGUUGAGGCUUUGGCAUCAAAGAACUCUGAGAUUGAGGCACUUAUCAGUUCUAUGGAUGCACUUAAGAAACAAGCUGCAUUGUCUGAAGGGAAUCUGGCAUCACUUCAGGCAAGCAUGGAGUCUAGUAUGAGAAACAGGGAAUUGACAGAGACAAGGAUGCUGCAGGCUCUACGCGAGGAGCUGACUUCUGCAGAAAGGAGAGCAGAAGAAGAACGUGCAGCUCAUAAUGCUACUAAAAAGGCUGCAAUGGAAAGGGAAGUGGAAUUGGAACAUCGAGCGGUUGAGGCAUCCACAGCUCUUGCUAGAAUCCAGAGGAUUGCAGAUGAGAGGAAAGCAAAAGCCGCAGAGCUUGAGCAGAAGCUGGCACUUCUUGAGGUUGAAUGCGCAACUCUAAAUCAAGAAUUGCAAGAGAUGGAAGCUCGUGCUCAUCGAGGAAAAAAGAAGUCCCCAGAAGAAGCAAAUCAAAUGGUUCAGAUGCAGGCAUGGAAGGAGGAAGUAGAGCGUGCACGCAGAAGUCAAAGAGAUGCUGAGAGCAAGCUCUCUUCAUUAGAGGCUGAAAUGCAGAAAUUGAGGGUUGAAAUGGAUUCCAUGAAGAGAGAUGCUGAGCAUUAUUCACGCCAAGAGCAUAUGGAGCUAGAGAAACGCUACCGUGAAUUAACUGACCUUUUGUACCACAAGCAAACACAGCUAGAAACUAUGGCUAGUGAAAAAGCUGCUGCUGAGUUCCAGUUCGAGAAGGAAAUAAAAAGUCUACAAGAAGCACAGGUCGAAGUAGAAAGAAGUAGAGUUCCUCGUCGGGGAUCAUAUGUGUGGGAGGAAGACACUGAAAUCAAAGCACUUGAGCCCCUUCCCGUGCAUCACCGUCAUUUGGCUGCUGCAAGCAUACAGUUACAGAAGGUUGCAAAAUUACUGGAUUCAGUAUCUGUCAGGGCCACAAGAUUUCUUUUGCGAUAUCCGGUAGCUCGAAUAAUCUUGCUAUGCUAUCUUGUGUUCGUGCAUCUCUUCUUGAUGUACUUGUUACAUCGUCUUCAGGAACAAGUGGACAAUUUUGCUGCUAGGGAACUAGCGGAAUCUAUGGGUCUUCAAAACUCCAACUUACCGUAAUCCUAUAAAAAGAAAAUGCACGGUAGCUCCGACCAUGGGUUCUCCAAAUGUGUGAUUUUCUAUCUGCAUACUUCGUAUACUUUUUUCCCCCUCCUUUGCAGGCAUACAUGGAAUGAUCCGAGAAGAUAUACCAUCA